AGUCGAACAAGACACCAUCUCGGCUCGUCUUCAACAGUCGACAACAAAAAGUGCAUCUUCCUUCGACAAGUUCAUCUUUUGUAAACCCUCCGCAGGCUCCGGCGAUGCACGUCAACGCGUGUGAAAAACUUUUACGUUCUCCCGAGACCCGUUUGUGAGCCGUUUUGAGCGUGAGGCCGGCCCGCCGGCCGGCGGCUGCCAUGAGCGCCAGGCGCUCUGCGGCGUGACUGCUAGACAAUGGCCGCGGAGUUGUUUCCCGGCAAGAAGCUUCUUCCGUCCGCCUCGGAGCAGCAGCAGGAGGAGGAGGAGGAGGAGGAGGAGCAGCAGCAGCAGCGGCGGCAGGACCAGGAGUGCCAUCCCACGCACGACUAUCAGAACCUGAGCAGCAGCAGCAACAACAACGGCGGCGGCUCCGGCUGCGCCUGGCAGGGCCUUUACCCCACCAUCCGCGAGAGGAACUCAGUCAUGUUUAACAAUGACAUGAUGGCAGACGUCUACUUUGUGGUGGGACCGCCGGGCGGCACGCAGCGGGUUCCGGGCCACAAGUACGUCCUGGCGGUGGGCAGCUCGGUGUUCCACGCCAUGUUCUACGGCGAGCUGGCCGAGGACCGCGACGAGAUCCGCAUCCCCGACGUGGAGCCGCCGUCCUUUCUGGCCAUGCUCAGGUACAUCUACUGCGACGAGAUCGAGCUGUGCGCCGACACGGUUCUGGCCACGCUGUACGCCGCCAAGAAGUACAUUGUGCCGCACCUGGCGCGCGCCUGCGUCAACUUCCUGGAGACCAGCCUGAGCGCCAAGAACGCCUGCGUGCUGCUGUCUCAGAGCUGCCUCUUCGAGGAGCCCGAGCUGACUCAGCGCUGCUGGGAGGUGAUCGACGCCCAGGCCGAGCUGGCGCUGCGCUCCGACGGCUUCUGCGACAUCGACGCGCACACGCUGGAGAGCAUCCUGCGCCGCGAGACGCUCAACGCCAAGGAGACGGUGCUGUUUGAGGCAGCGCUCAACUGGGCCCGGGCCGAGUGCCGGCGCCGGGAACUGGGCCCCACCGUGGAGAACAAGAGACUGGUGCUGGGCAAGGCCAUCUACCUGAUCCGCAUCCCCGCCAUGGCUCUGGAGGACUUUGCCAACGGGGCGGCGCAGUCUGGCGUGCUGACGCUGAACGAGACCAACGACAUCUUCCUGUGGUACACGGCGGCCAACAAGCCCGAGCUGCUGUUCUGCAGCAAGCCCCGGCGGGGCCUGGCGCCGCAGCGCUGCCACCGCUUCCAGUCGUGCGCCUACCGCAGCAACCAGUGGCGCUACCGCGGCCGCUGCGACAGCAUCCAGUUCGCCGUGGACAAGCGCGUCUUUGUGGCCGGCUUCGGCCUCUACGGCUCCAGCUGCGGCUCGGCCGAGUACGGCGCCAAGAUGGAGCUGAAGCGGCAGGGCGCCGCCGUGGCCCAGCGCGCCGUCAAGUACUUCUCGGACGGCUCCAGCUCCACCUUCGCCGUCUGGUUCGAGCACCCGGUGCAGAUCGAGCCCGACGCCUUCUACACGGCCAGCGUGGUGCUGGACGGCAACGAGCUCAGCUACUUUGGCCAGGAGGGCAUGACAGAGGUGCAGUGCGGCAAGGUCACCUUCCAGUUCCAGUGCUCCUCGGACAGCACCAACGGCACCGGCGUGCAGGGCGGACAGAUUCCCGAGCUCAUCUUCUACGCCUGACCGAGGGAAAAUAGCCGCCCGUUUCCCUGGCGCCGACGAUGGGCCUCCUCGCCGCUCUCUUUCUUGCCUUAAAAAUGAGCUGACGCAAAACCUUUCCUCUGUGACUUUUGAUCGGUUGACUUGGGGAGUUUUGGGUGACGUUUUUGUCUGUACUUGUGAGUCCGAGCGGCACCAGAAGCAAACAAAGUGAUGCGGCGGUCGGUUACUCUGCUCCUCACCUGCGGAACAAACCCUCAGCUCAUCCGAGUCGGGGCUGAAAUUGAAAACUUGUUUACCGCGGCAUUCUCGUCAAUCAAUCCUUGAUUCUCCUGAUUUCAUAGCCAUUUCUCAUUUCUGCUAUCUCGACUGAUGCUUGGUUUUAAUCAUUUUACUCUCAAUUUGAGAUGAUUGUAUGAUUUCUGCAAUGUCUCCUUAUUUCGAUCCUAAUUAUAUUACUCUGAAUUGUUUUGUACAUGAAAUGUGAUCUAUAAAUAAACUUGCCUAUAUAUAUAUAUAAAUUAGCAAACUA